CGCUAGCUAACCUAACUUUUUUUCUUUUCUGCAUGUGUAAUGUGUAAAUGUGUGUAGUAAACGUAGUAAAAGAUAAGUGAAUGUUCUCAUAAACACUAAAAUAUGUUUUUUACUAUAUUGGGGGCCGGAUAUUUAGUAUAUCUAGGGCUUUAUACGAUUUUAUUGUGCGUUAGUGAUUGUGAUGUACAAUUAUUCUUCUUGGAAAAGCUGGGAAAAUCACCAAGGCGCCUUAAGGGCCAAGUUGUGUUUAUAACAGGAGCGUCGAGUGGAAUUGGCGAAUUCACAGCUUAUGCUUUGGCGAAAUGUGGAGUUAAGUUGGUGCUGACAGCACGAAGACCCUACGAGCUGGAAAGAGUAAAAAAUAAAUGUAUUGAAUUAUCCAAAGGCUCUCUACAACACAACGAUGUACUCAUCAUACCGAUGGACGUCACCGACUUCGCAUCGCACAGAAGACACUUCCAACACGCCGUCAACCAUUUCGGCCGAGUGGACAUACUGCUCAACAACGCAGGGCGUUCGCAGAGAGCCGCGUGGGAAUCAAUCGAACUCGAUGUUGAUCGGCAGAUGUUCGACCUGAACGUGUUCGGAGUGAUCAAUCUUACCAGAGUCGCCUUGGAACACUUCGAGAAGGUCGGCAAAGGACACGUCGCUGUGGUUUCGAGCCUGGCUGGAGUUUUUGGUGCUCCAUAUUCGGGAACUUAUACUGCCACCAAGCACGCCAUUCAUGGCUACUACAAUUCAUUACGAAACGAAAAAAUGGGAAAAAAUCUUCACGUCACUCUGCUAUGUCCAGGACCGACGUUUACAAAUUUCUUGCAGGAGUGUUUCACAGGCAAGGACGGUCAGAACUUGAAUUCAUCGGUCCAGCCCACAGAUAGAAGAAUGACUGCCGAACGAUGUGGAUAUCUCAACGCCGUUGCGCUUGUCAACAAAACAAGAGAGUCGUGGAUGGCCAUCUUUCCUGUUACAUUAUUCACUUACUGUGCUGUAUAUUGUCCCAUGUUAUUUUACUGGGGUGUGAAGAUUAUCGGACCUGAUAUCAUUUUCAAAAUGAGAGAGGGUAGAAAAGAGGCUAUGCACACAGACUGAAUGAAGGUGGAGGGUGUAGAAGUAGAUAGCCUAAUCUUUCCGUAGAAUUAAUUAUUCUAUUUAUGCACAUAAUUCACUUCUUCGGUUGAUGGUACUAUUUCUUCUAAGGGUUUUUCAUUUAGGUGGUUAAAGGUAGAUUAGAUUUUAACUUUUCUUUGCUAAUAAUGUAUAAUGUAUGUAGGUAUUUAUAGAUUCAUUUUAUCAUUCAUCAUCAAUUCAUUCAAUUUGGAGUUUAUACCAUGAUUUAUAGAUCACAAAGAGCAAUAGAAAGUAAAAGAUAAAUUCCUGUCCAAUCCUUUUUUUAUACAUAAUUUUGCAUGCAUAGAAAUCGACCCACUUAAAAAUUUGGUAAUUUUUGAUGUCUCGAAUUUCUUAAACCUGUUAUCCAAUUCAAGUGAUUUUUUUAAAUGUGUUAUAGCCUUAUUUUUUUUAACAAUACCUCUGUAAUAAUGUUGUUACUAAACAGGUAAAUUUUCAUUGUAUACCAGGUGUACGAAUCAAACUGUGUUUUUUCUCAAAGUUCGCUGUGGAAUAUUCUAGCAUUCAUUAUAUACUGAAAUUAAAACCCAACUAUAGUAUCAUAUUUCCUCAACAUUCUGUUUUUUGAUUCGUUCGCUUAUGUUGGACCAUAAAAAAGUUAGGUAAUUUAACAACUAGCCAUGUUUUCCAUCAAUACAGGGUGUUUUUAAAUAAGUAUGGCAAACUUUAAGGGGCAAUUCUGCAUGAAAAAAUAAUGACAGUUUGCUUUAUAAACGUAUGUCCGCAAAUGCAUCGUUUCCGAGAUAGGGGGUGUUGAAAUUUUUCUUACAAACUAAUGAUUUUUUUUUAUUGCUUAAAACCAGUUGAGAUAUGCAAAUGAACUUUGGUGGGUUUUAAGACGUAGUUAAUGCACAUUUUUUGACAUACAAUUAAGAAUUUAAUAUUCACCAUUGGCGUGCAUACGGGUAAUACGUCUUAAAACCCACCAAAUUUCAUUUGCACAUCUCAACCGGUUUUAAAGCAAUAAAAAAUCGUUAGUUUGUAAGGAAAAUUUCAACACCUAUCUCGGAAACGAUGCAUUUGCGGACAUGUGAUUAUAAAGAAAACUGCCAUUAUUUUUUUCAUGCAGAAUUACCCCUUAAAGUUUGUCGCAUUUAUUUAGAUAGAAACACCCUGUACUGAUGAAGAACAUGGCUAGUUGUUAAAGUACUUAACUUUUUUAUUAUUCAACAUAAGCGAAUUAAUCAAAAAGCUAAAUUUUAAGAAAACCUGAGGCAAUAGUUGGGUUUUAGUUUCAGUAUUUAUAAAUGCUAGAAUAUUCCACAGGGUGAUGCGAACUUUGAGAAAAUACACAGUUUGAUUCGUACACCCGGUAUAAAAUUUACCUGUGUAGCAACAAUAUUAUUACAGCGAUAUUGCCAAAUAAUCAGGCUAUAACGUAUUUAAAAAAUCACUUAAAUCGUACAACCGGUUUAGGAAAUUCGAGACAUCAAAAAUGACCAAAUUUUUAAGUGGGCCGAUUUCUAUGCAAGCAAGUUUAGUUUGCCGGUUUGGAACAAUGCUACAAUGGUUUAAAACUAUACUAAUAUGUAUACUGCGUGCUACUAAUAUCGAUAAUGAAGGAAAUUGGUCCAUUGUAAUAAUGAUAAUUCAUAAACAGUCUAUUAGAGUGUAUCCGGUGCGAAGGACCAUGAAAAUGAUUAGUAGACGAAACUUUGCAGCUAUUCAGCUCAAAGAAUGCGGCUCUCUUGAAGAUGUGAAAUGUCAAGAUAUGACAACAAGUAAUCAGAAAAUCACCAGGUUUGAUGCAGGUUGUAUAAAAUGUAAUAAAUUGAAAGCAUCUGGUGGAAAGAUAUAAAUUGUAAGAAGAAAAAUCGUGGCUGAUUUUUCAACAUCUGAUAAUUUCUUUCUGAGCCUUUAAAAAUUAAGUGAGGACAGUGUGUAGCCCUUGAACGGCGACAUGUGCAUUUUAGCCUUAUAGCUAGUAAAUUCCAUAAGCAAUUCAUCCAUUUUAGAUUUUAUGCCAUAAUUCCGUGAUGAAAAAUCAGUAAGCCAAGCCGCACACCAAAGAAACAUGAAACGAAAAACAUGAAACAUGAAACGAAAAACAUGUUUCAUGAAAAGAAAACACUGCUAAAAACAUCUCAAAGUGCGCCUACUAAUGAAACGAGUGUGAUUCAUGCUCAUGACACAUUUUUAUUUUCGGAGAGUCUCAUAAAUGGCCGGAUAUAUAUUUGUUUAGCAGUGGUUUAUUUCCAUGAAACGUAAUUUACGUUUCAUGUUUCUUUGAUGUGCGGCCGGGCUAAAAAGUAAGAGAAUGAUUACAGUCCAAUCCUUUUUCUGUAUACAUGAUUUGCCAGCUUGUAAGAAUGCUGCAAUGGUUUAAAACUGUACUCUAAUACUGUAAAACUGUAAUAGUUAUACCUAUUUGUUACUAAUAUCAAUAAUACAGUAUCAAUACAUAAGGGGGUCAUCCCCUAUGUCAACAAUAAUAAACUGAAAGGAAGAAAAGUCGUGGUUGAGAACUAGCAGGAUUAACUAGAUGAUUUGACGGUUUGAAGUAAGGCUACAAUCUUUGAAAUAUGUAUGAGUAGUACCAUUUCUGCUAAUAUUGAUAAUACAGGACCAGUAGAUAAAGAAGUUUACUAACUAGCGUAUAUUGGGCUCGAAGGUCAUUGAAACAACUGAAGAAUACAGCUAUCUUGAACAUGAAUGUGUUCCUCUGGUGAAUACAAAUCAUCAGGACAUCAGGAGGCCACCAUUUUAUAGAAACUGAGCGGAAAGGAGUAAAUUGGAAAAAAAGAAAGGUUUUGGCUGAAAAGUAACCAAAGUUAAAAUAAUAAUAAAAAAUAUUUGGCAAUAUUCGUUGCAGAAGAAGGUAUGGAAGGUGCAUAAAUAAAAUAAAAAUUAAAUUCAAAUAUUUUUUUAUAUAUUUGUGACAUAGGUACUUAUGUGUUUACUUUUGCUGUUUUUUUGUUCGGUAGGCACAUGUGAAGGAAUUUUCAGAACGAUCUAAACUUAUUAUAUAAUUAUUUUACAUAUAAAAUGAAGAAACUCCUUCAUGUCUGUUUACCUAUGUAAAUUAUAUAUAUAUUCUCGGUCUCUUUGUAGAUUUUUGUAGAGCUUUGUUUCUUUCUGCUUUUACAUAUUAUCUGCAAUAAAUAAUAUUCAUUGUAUUCCUUAUCUUGGCAAAUAUGAGUGUAUAUAUGGUUUUUGUUUAAGUAAAGACUGAAUUUUUAAAAUAUAAUCUUUUCUAUUGAAUUUAGUACCAAAUGUAAUUUAUAUGUACAGCAAUAAAAUCAAGACUAUUUCAGAUAAUUCUUCCUGUUUAAUUCUCCUAUUCCUAAGCAGUCCUAUUUGCUCCGAGCGUUAACAAAGUGUCAAAGCAAAAUCGACCGACCUGCUCAUGGUGGCGGUUUUUUGAAAUUUUGUAAGGACGCUUUGUGUAUGUUUAAAUGGGACAUUUAAAAAAAAUACCGUGUCACGCUAGUGAUAUGAUGUAUUAAUAUAAACAGAA